CCGCGAACGGAAUCGACCCGUCUGACUCUACAACAUCAGUGUGAAGAUGGCGGAGGGUGAAUUGAACGUAGAUAGCCUCAUCUCUCGACUCUUGGAAGUGCGAGGAUGCCGUCCAGGGAAAAUAGUUCAGAUGACCGAAGCAGAGGUUCGGGGCCUUUGCAUCAAAUCCAGGGAGAUCUUCCUCAGCCAGCCCAUCCUGUUGGAGCUUGAGGCACCCUUGAAGAUUUGUGGUGAUAUUCAUGGGCAGUACACAGAUUUACUGAGGUUGUUUGAGUAUGGUGGCUUCCCUCCAGAGGCAAACUAUCUUUUCCUGGGUGAUUAUGUGGACAGAGGGAAACAGUCCCUGGAAACCAUCUGUCUUCUACUGGCCUACAAGAUCAAGUACCCAGAGAAUUUUUUUCUGCUCAGGGGCAACCAUGAGUGUGCUUCAAUCAACCGGAUCUAUGGGUUCUACGAUGAGUGCAAGCGCAGAUUCAAUAUUAAGUUAUGGAAAACCUUCACUGACUGCUUUAACUGCCUGCCCAUCGCUGCUAUCAUUGAUGAGAAGAUCUUCUGUUGCCAUGGAGGGCUUUCACCUGAUUUGCAGUCAAUGGAGCAGAUCCGCAGGAUCAUGAGGCCAACAGAUGUGCCUGAUACAGGCCUUCUGUGUGACUUGUUGUGGUCAGAUCCAGAUAAAGAUGUACAAGGCUGGGGAGAGAAUGACCGUGGGGUCUCCUUCACCUUUGGGGCAGAUGUGGUCAGUAAGUUUCUAAACCGCCAUGACCUGGACCUCAUCUGCAGAGCCCACCAGGUUGUGGAGGAUGGAUACGAGUUCUUUGCCAAACGCCAACUGGUCACACUUUUCUCUGCUCCAAACUACUGCGGGGAGUUUGAUAAUGCGGGCGGCAUGAUGAGUGUUGACGAAUCGCUCAUGUGCUCUUUCCAGAUCCUAAAGCCUUCAGAGAAGAAGGCUAAGUACCAGUAUGGUGGUGUAAACUCUGGUCGACCUGUCACCCCACCUCGCACCACCCAAGCUCCCAAGAAGAGGUGAACACUCAACUGCAGCUCUCCCCCACCUUCUCAUCUUGUCCAUCCCUGGUGUGCCAUCAUGGCAACCCCUGUAACACCCCCUGUAGAGUGAAGAUAAGGGGCUUAUCUUGUUGCCCAAAUCUUUCUCCUCCCACUCACCCAGCCCCUCGUCAACUCCACUGACAGCUCUUUUCUUAAUGUGUGUGUGUACAUAGAUUUGCUGUGACCAAUCUUUUUUUUUUUCUUUUUGCCUGUUAGUUGGAGUUUUUGAUAUAAUUAACAAACAAUAAAUUUGGUGGUUUUACUUCCAAUUCUAUUUCAAAUUUGUUUGAGGUUGUGUGUUGUGUAAGAUGAUGCCUUCUCUUUGUAGAGAGGCAAUAUGACCAAGUAACAGGAAACAUUUUCAGUGCUUCAGAAAAAAUAAGAUGAGAUUAUUUUUGCCUUGACCUCUGAAAAUACAGAGCAUCUUUCCCAUGUGUUUUACUUUAGACUGUGGUUUCAGAGCUGAGCAAAAUUCACAGACAUUAAUAACAUUUAUCAUGUUCCAGUUUAACAUGUUAAACUCAUCACAGUGUGUGCAGUGCCCUUUGUUGGUCUUGUGCACAUGCAUUUUCUGUAUUUAACCUCCCUAUUUGUUGCAAUGAAUGUGAACAGACCAGCUUGAAUGAAGUAUAAGGCUAAAUCAGACAGCUCUGGCUGUGGUCACGAUUUACCCAAACAUGAUAUCAUCUAGGCUUAAAAUUCUCCACUCUGUUAUGCCUCCCUGUGCCUCGACUCUACUCCCACACAAAAACAUGCUGGUUCUGAAACAAAGCUGGUAUUAACCUUUUUUUUUUCCUCUGUUAUUCUCAAAUUAAUUUCACCUGUACUAAUCAUCUGGUUGUGUUUUAAGGAUAGCUGGGGUUUUGAUUACACUAAUUUGAAUGAGACUGUUGUGGAUUGUAGUGCAGGCAAAUAUGUAUGUUUACAGGAUUGUAUUUUGAAAAUGUAAAUCUUUGUAAGUAGAAGAAACAAAAUGUAAAACCAGUGGCUACAGUUCUGGCAGGGUCUAACUUGUUAUUUUCAUGUAACAGAAAGCCUCACAAACAAAAUUACAGAUAAUAGUUAGUGUUCAGUGUAUAUAUGGCAUCCUGCAGAAAGUUUUUUUUUUUUUUUUAGAUUUGUUUUGAAAUACCAGUUUUCUUUCGCUCAUAUCACCCGAUCUGUUGAGGUACAGGGUGUGAAAACUGGUGGAGCUGGGAGUGGGUGGAAGAUCCAGGCGGUUUUGGCAUCGCUGUUUAAGGUUGUGAUGCCACCUGGUGUAUAAAUACAGCACUACAGUGUAAAGUAGUGCACAUCCCAUGGUAUAAAUUUCCAAAUAAAUCACAAUGGAGGUUGUAUCACAUUGCCAGUAUUAGGUGUGGCAUAUUUUACUAUUCUGAGGUACCACAGUCACACUGACCAGCGGUAGGUCUGGUUAGUGUUUCAGAUUCAGUCUGCUGCUCACAGAUGCAGCUGGAAAUUUCUGAAAAACAGUUGCCUCUUUUUUGUUAUUGUUUCUCAUUUGAUUUGCUUUAAUGUUUUCUUAUUCAGUUGUACAUUUAUGUUCAGAUUGUUUACGUUUAAUUCACUCAGUUUAUUUCCUUGAUGAUAAGAAAACAAAAGUAUUACCAAAAGCUGUUUUGCGAUUUGUACAAGUUUGUUUGAAAGUCUAUACAUUCAAUAAAAUGGAUGGAGCCAAAAGUU